UGGCAGGAUUGACGAUUUGACGUUGCGCCUCAAUGGUGGUCAAUUUUUUUUUGUUAAUGUGUUUUUGCGUGCGAUCGGAGGAGGCAGCUUCCUUGUUAAAGAGUGCGUGGGCGUGUGGUUGAGUUGUUGUUUUUUUGUUGUUGUUGUAGUGGUUUCAGUGGUUUCGGAUUUUGGGUUCGAUGGUUAAACGAUGAUCGGAUAUGAUGAUGGGUGAUCAGUUUCGUAAGGUUGAACAAUACUCACCGAAAUCGUCGCCGAGGGGGGCGCGUUCGCCAGUCGUUUCCCGCCAGGACUCCUCAGGAACAUUAAAGACGACGAUCCUGCUGGGAAAGAACCCCUCCAUCGUCCCCAGUGGACCUUUCUACCUGCUGAAAGAACCACCAGGGGAAUCUGAUCUGACGGGAGCCACAAACUUGAUGGCCUAUUAUGGUCUCGAGCACUCUUACAGCAAGUUCAGUGGCAAGAAGCUCAAGGAGCAGCUAUCGUCGUUCCUGCCCUCGCUGCCCGGUGUCAUCGACUCGCCAGGACAGCAGGACAACAGCUCGCUCAGAUCUGUGAUUGAUAAGCCUCCGAUCGGGGGUAAAGACAUUUUACCAUUGACCAGUGUGCAAUUGGAUGGAUUCAGAUUACAUCCUGGGCCUUUGCCCGAACAGUAUCGUUACGCGAACCAAGCGCCGAUAAAGAAACACAAGAACAAGCAUAAGAAGCAUAAACACAAGGAGGGUGGUCCUCCGAGCCAGGAGACACCAGUCAGUGAGGUGGGUCCGGAUACGCACGAGAAGAAGCAUAAAAAGCAGAAGAGGCACGACGACGACAAGGAACGCAAGAAGAGGAAAAAGGAGAAGAAGAGGAAGAAACAGAAGCACAGUCCCGAGCAUACAGGAGGUGGCAUGACACCCAGCCAGCACGGCAGCAAUUGAGCAAUGUACAAACCUUCGUUUAUUUUUUUUAUUAUUAUUGUUCUUUUCAGUUGAAUAUUUUAUUUAAUUAUUACUAGUUUAUGAUCUACCACCCGCAUCCAGCUAACUUUUAUUUCCUUUUAGGCUACAAAUAAAUAGAAGAUUAUUAUUAUUGUAUAUAAA